GAGAUCUCACGGCGGCGCAGAUGAAAGUAUUGGUCUGGGCUUUGUCGCAGCACCGAGAGCUCGCUCCUUCGGCCCCGUCUCGUGAUCAUCAUAACAUCCAUCGCCAAAAACGCCGUGCCGUGCACACCCACGACAACCAACAUUCGAGCGGAUAAUAUGAGAAAAGCCGAUAGGUCGAUAAAUAGCCUAAAUAUGGCGUCUAUAACCGCGUUAUAACCGUAAACAUCGACUGACGGUAGGGACUAUUGCCUCGAUAACCUAACCGCGCAACAGAAGAGGAGGAAAGACGCACUUGUUCAGGAACAUCACUUGUAGGCUGCUCACUGGCCCAAAGAGACAUGAGACAACUGCAGGAGGCAGGUAACUAGGCAACAAUAGAAACACUGCACGCGCCACGGCGGGAUAACAUGGGGUACAAGUACCCCGGGGCAGCGAUGGACCGCGUCAGCUUGCUGUGGCGUCUACGUCGUCGGGCUCGUCGCGGGGCGCUGUGUAUGGGCCUCUUCUGCAUCUCCAUGGCAAUGCUCUAUGCCCUCUGCGCCGAGAACAGCGUACCCGUCACCGAUGCUAUCUUCGGGGUGCGGGCACGGACCCGCGCCCAGCCCCGGGCACACUCCAUCAUCAAGGUGCUGAGAGGUGGGGCCAAGCCCAUGUACCUCGACCCCCAGAAGCUCCCCGGCGUCGUCCCUGGCAAUGCCCACCGUCCAAUCCCAGUCCUCUCCUCCCCAAACCACACACAGGAAGUCACAGCUAAGGAGACACACCCCAAACACCCCAAGAGAGAGCGAGAGUCAUCGGGAUUCUUCGCCUGGCUCUUGCCGCGCCCCUUCAGUCGGGCCAUGGAGACCCUGUUUGGGGGCCGUCGUCGGGGGGAGCUUAGUGGAACAGUCGGGGACGCAGAUUUUUUUGGUCCUCACAGAGCUCUGGGGGAGGUCUGGGACGACGAGAUGUCCAGUAGCAUGCUGGGGAAGAGGCUGAGGAAAGUGGUGCAGAACUAUCAGGCGAUGAAUAAGUAUGGUGUGGAGUUCUCUGGUCCUGGGGGAGUGGCCACUCGUCCUAAAGUGAGCGGCUCAGAGUUGCUGUGCCAGCUGAAGACCAAGGUAGACGUUGCGACCCUGACCCCUGACCUCGAGCCCUUCUCCUCUCUGCCCUGGGCGUACCAGCUGCCCCUACAACCCAUAACCUCUGACCUUGGACCCUACAAGAGCUGUGCAGUGGUAUCAUCGGCUGGGUCACUACGCUACUCUGGACUGGGCAAGGAGAUUGACUCCCAUGAUGCAGUGCUGCGGUUCAACGCAGCGCCCACCGUGGGGUACGAGAAAGAUGUCGGCUCCAAGACCACCGUCCGCCUCCUUAACUCCCAGGUGAUGGCAUCAGACGACCACCGCUUCCUGUCCAGCUCUCUGUACAGCACAGGUGUUCUGGUGGCCUGGGACCCUUCCCCCUUUUCUGCUGACCUCAGCCAGUGGUACAACAAGACUGACUACCCCAUCUUCGCCCAGUACCAGCGGUACAGGAGGCUCCACCCCCUCCAGCCCUUCUACAUCCUGCACCCCAGCUUUGAGUGGCAGCUCUGGCAGCGAAUCCAGGACAACAUGGCCGAGCCCAUCCAGAAGAACCCGCCCUCCUCUGGACUGCUGGGUACGGUUUUGAUGAUGUCCCUGUGUGAGGUAGUACACGUGUAUGAGUUCCUGCCAUCUCAGAGGAAGACGGAACUGUGUCACUACUACCAGCGCUUCUACGACGCAGCCUGCACUCUGGGGGCCUACCACCCCCUGCUCUACGAGAAGAACCUGGUCAAGAGGAUGAACCAGGGGCUCGACAGGGACAUCUACACCCACGGACGGGUCACCCUGCCUGGGUUCAGCACUCUCAACUGCACCCGGGGGCCUGAAAUUGUACCAGCAAGCGCUGGCUGAGAUAAUAAGAGAGAUCAUAUUACAGUCAGAAACACACACAGGUGGUAAAUACAGAAACACAAUCAUAUUCACAAGCACAGCAUGUAUAACAAUAUGACUGACUACUUUAUCAUGUGCAAUCCCUUCAGACAAUCUCUAAAUCAUGGACUGAUGGACAUUGACAGACAUGUAUACAUGUUUGACACUGCCAUAAUUAAAUGGAAUCUUGCAACUAAUGUAAAUACACUUUACUCGCUCAAACACGCACAGGUGCACAGAAUUCCUUGUGACAGCACAUACAAGAAAUCACACACAUACAUCAUACAAUGGACUGUCUGCAAAAAAACCACAAACUCACAGUUUUGCCGAUAUCCCUCUUUCCCUAUGUGAAUAUAAGCUAUAAGCGUAGUCAUUCCACUGUGAGGCGCUGUUGUCCUUUCUCUGUCUCUCAGGUUGUGACUGAGGGACAGAGAGAAGAGAGGAGCUCCUCUCUCAUUACUGAAGAUUGUCUCUGCAUGCCUGCCUUCAGCUGCACUACCACACACACAUAUACACACCGAACCUGUACCCUAUGUGGACUAGUUGAAAAUGGACUUGAAGAGAAACUGAGGAGACUGCAUGAAGCUCUGACAAGAAGAGUGGCACCUCUUGGAUAUGCUAUAUAAUUGACCAUAGACCUGAUGGAGAUAAAUCCCUGAGUGAAAUGUAAAGGCUAACUGAAGGAAGCAACUGGAGUUCAUAGCAUGAUGCGUGACAUCUAAGGGCGACCCAGAGAUGACCUCAUCAAGACAUGGACCAGAUACAUUGGGUCACAGAGGUUGUGCGGUGACACACACACACACACACACACACACACACACACACACACACACACACACACACACACACACACACACAGCCAGACUAGCAGUCUUCUCACUCAUGAAUGAACCAACCAUCCAGCCCACCAUGGACCAAUGAGAACUGAGAACAGUUGUUCUGGACUGGCUGAGGAUUUCGUGGGCAUCUAAUGCCCCUUUGUGGGUGAACAAAAUAACUGGAUUAUUGUAUUUCCUUCCAGGAAGAAAAAAUGGAAGUUUGUUAAACGUAGAAGUUUGUUUUGGCAAAUAAAAACCCUGGUCUGCAUCCAAAAUGGCAACCCUGAUCUAAUCAAAUGAAGAAAGGAUUUCUAGGACUGUACCGAUUUACCUACUCUACGAGAACCAAAUAAUGCUUUAUUUGUCAUUUUUACUGAGAUGCAUAAUAUCUUUAUAAUUUACACCUCCAAGGGGGCUUUAUAGAUUUAGAAUCAUUGAUGUCAUAAUAUUGAAAAUAUAAGUAGAAUGACAGUCAAACCCCUUGUUGUUGCACUUCUGUCCAUGUUUGCCAGCCUUUCUCCCCUACCCUGCCUGUUACGUGUCAAAUGUCAUAGCAUCUCAUCAUUCUGCACUCAUAAGCUAAUUCUAUACCAUCCUGCUCAGACAACCCCAGUCUUCAUAGCAAACCACUGCUCACCUCGGUAACACCGCCCACACGUUAGCCGCCCCUACGUUACAAAACGCUUUUACCCAAUAUUGCUUUAUAGAUUUAGAAUCAUUGAUGUCAUAAUAUUGAAAAUAUAAGUAGAAUGACAGUCAAACCCCUUGUUGUUGCACUUCUGUUCAUGUUUGCCAGCCUUUCUCCCCUACCCUGCCUGUUACGUGUCAAAUGUCAUAGCAUCUCAUCAUUCUGCACUCAUAAGCUAAUUCUAUACCAUCCUGCUCAGACAACCCCAGUCUUCAUAGCAAACCACUGCUCACCUCGGUAACACCGCUCACACGUUAGCCGCCCCUACGUUACAAAACGCUUUUACCCAAUAUUGCACAAAAUGGUUGCUAACAUUGCCAAUAUGGUAGGGUUGCUGAUACAUUUUCAAUAGUAAGAAUGAUCCGAAUAAUGUAAUUGACUUUGAAUUUGUGUUAAAUUUGUUAAACCAACUGAAUGAAUGAAUGUGCUUCUGGAGUGUGCAUUGUUGCACUGCCUAUACAUACAUCCACCAUUUCCCAACCAGCACAGAACAUUCUCCUAAUGUUGCCACAACAUUGGGAAAGUAAGGCUGUUUAUGUUAUUUUUAGACCAUGGCUAGGGGUGUUUUUAGAAUGUUUACAGAUGUUGUUUCAUGGUUUCUUUGGGACUUCUGUCACCCUGAUAUCAAUGUGUACCACUGAACAGAAAUAUUAAUGCAAUGUUUAAAGUGUUGGUCCCAUGUUUCAUGAUCUGAAAUAAAAGAUCCCAGACAUUUUC